AUGGUCUUUACGAUUCCCGAACUUCCCAAGUACGAGCGCGGGCGCCCGCUGCCGGCCGUGGAGCUUGCCUACCACUACAAGCUGCCCAACUGCCCCGGCAAGUCGUCGAUUGGCAUCAUUGUCAACUUUCCGCCCAACGCGGCGACGCCGCCGCACAGGCACGCGGGGGCGUCGGUGUCGGUGCUCGUGCUCGAGGGCCAGGUCAUCAACAAGAUGAACGACGAGGAGACGUGCGUGCUGGCCAAGGGCGAGAGCUUCUUCGAGGCGCCGUGCUGCCACCACAGGGUCAGCAACAACUACAGCGCGACGGAGCCGGCGAAGCUGCUGGCCACAAUGGUGGUGGACGACGAGGUUGUGGAAAAGGGCGGGUACGAGGCGCUGACGGUGAUUGACGAGGAGUUUCGGGACGUGAAGCUGUGA